AUGUCGCAGUCUGCUGUUGGUGCAACGCUGGGAGCCGCGGCUCUGCUUGGCGGCUGUGCCUUCCUGGCACCCUCGACUCCACAUGCGGCCUCCGCGCCCGCCCAUCUUCGAGGCGCCGCUCCGGGUGCCUCUUCCGCUGCCGGAGCAGCCGCUCCGCUCGCUGGAGCUGCUCUGCUUGCCACCGCUGCUGCACUAGCCAGACCGACCGAGUCCGCAACGACCCGCCGGGCGGCUGCUGUCAAGAAGAAGGGUGUGAAGGUCGUCCAUGGCAAGGAGAUCCCAUGGAACCUCUUCACCCCGAAGGCCCCAUAUGCCGGGAAGGUCAUCGAAAACGAUGUGCACCCUCAGACCUUGACUGAGGACACUGGGGAUGCCAACUGGGAGACUUGCCAUGUGACCUUCGACCACGGCGGCAAGGUGCCUUACAUUGAGGGACAGUCCAUCGGAAUCAUCGCGCCAGGUCCUGACAAGAAGGGCGAGACCCCGGCCCGAAUCCGCUUGUACUCCAUCGCUUCCUCGGCGGUCGGGGACAAUCAGAACUCCAAGACUGUUUCUCUGUGUGUGAAGCGCGUGGUCGAGCUUGAUGGCAAGUUUGCCAAUCGUGAGAAGGGUGAGGACAAGCCCGACAAGGCUGGCACGGGCUUCCCCGAUAACCAGGUCUAUCGAGGAGUCUGCUCGAACCACAUUUGCGACAUGUCGCCGGGAGACGACGUCAUGAUCACGGGGCCCACUGGCGCCGAGAUGCUUCUGCCAGAGGAUCCGGAGGCGAACAUCAUCAUGUUGGCGACAGGCACUGGCAUUGCCCCGAUGCGAUCCUACUGCCGGCUGCUCUUCCACGACGAUGCAGGGGCCAGCGCAGAUGGCGGCAGAAAGUUCAAGGGUUUGGCUUGGCUUUUCAUGGGCGUUCCCUACUCCAAGUCGCUCCUUUACGAUGACGAGCACCAGGAGUACAAGAAGAACUUCCCUGACCAGUGGAAGUACGACUACGCCGUCAGCCGUGAGGACAAGAACGCAGCAGGCCAGAAGAUGUACAUCCAGACCAAGAUGGCAGAGUAUGCUGAUGAGCUCUGGGAGCUUAUGCAGGACGAGAAGACCCACGUCUACAUGUGUGGUCUGAAAGGCAUGGAGUCUGGCAUGGCUGAGUGCUUUGGCCCAAUCGCAGAGAAAGCCGGCAAGGAUUGGGCGGAGUUUGCCAAGGCCAUGAAGAAGGAGGCUAUGAGAGUCGAACACUCCUUGAAGGGCCCGGACGGCUUCGAGGACGCAUUGAACGAAAUUCGCAACAAGCUUACCGACAUCCAGUCGGACAGUCAGCGCACUGCAAAGUUGGACCGGCUGCAGGGUGAAGUCAAGCGCCACGUGUCGCUGCAAGCGGAACUCUUGACGAAGACAAUGAAAGACAUCCUCAAGCAGAGCACGACGCAAAUUUGGGACGCUUCGGCUUCAAAGGGCGCAGAGGAGAUCGAUGGCAUCCCCAACCUGCUGCAAAAGUAUCCGCGCGCUCGGUCGCUGGAAUCUGAGAAGUUCUGCUUGGGAGCCAAUGGCCCCUUCUUCCUCCAGUUCUAUCCGAACGGUGAUGCCCAGUCACAAACAGGCAAGUGCGGCCUCUUCCUGUGGGGCCCUGACUCCGUCUAUGUGAAAGCACGUUGGGCUCUGUGA